UCGUCUAGUAUUGUGUUGUAGUGGAAGAAAGAUCUCAAAUUUUGGAUUUUUUUUCGAAGGGGAAGGAAAUCAAAACAAAAAUGGAUCUGAAUAUGAACGUGAACGCUCCUCAUUCUAUGGGCACAACAAUCAUCGGAGUCACCUACAACGGCGGUGUCGUCCUCGGCGCCGACUCUCGUACCAGCACCGGGAUGUAUGUUGCUAACCGGGCAUCUGACAAAAUUACACAGCUCACUGAUAACGUCUACGUUUGCCGUUCUGGAUCCGCUGCUGAUUCUCAGAUUGUUUCCGACUAUGUCCGUUAUUUCCUUCAUCAACAUACAAUACAGGUUGGGCAGCCUGCAACUGUCAAAGUAGCUGCAAACCUUAUCAGGCUACUAUCCUACAGUAAUAAGAACAUGCUUCAAACUGGCCUUAUUGUUGGAGGGUGGGACAAAUACGAAGGUGGUAAAAUAUAUGGAAUUCCUCUUGGUGGAACAUUGAUUGAACAGCCUUUUGCUAUUGGAGGAUCUGGCUCCAGUUAUCUAUAUGGGUUUCUUGAUCAGGCGUGGAAGGAAGGAAUGACAAAGGAUGAGGCUGAGCGACUAGUGGUUAAGGCAGUGUCACUUGCCAUUGCUCGUGAUGGUGCUAGUGGAGGUGUUGUUCGCACAGUCAUUAUCAACUCUGAAGGAGUGACCAGGAACUUCUACCCUGGUGACAAACUUCAACUGUGGCAUGACGAAUUGGAGCCGCAGAAUUCGUUACUGGACAUACUGAACGCUCCUCCCAGUCCUGAACCAAUGAAUAUUUAAUCAAUGGGAGCCAUCUACAAUUUUAGUUUUAGGCUGUCUUCAGCUGCAGGCUUUUCUAUUUUUAUUUUUUUGUUUCUAAAACUGGAAGUUUUAUGUUUAGUUGGAGUUAAAAUCAUGAUAUAUGUUUCUCUUUCUGUUGUGGCUUUGAGACCGAUGGAAAUUCAGUUUCAUUGAAAUGCUCACUAAAAUGAUUGGUGUUA